ACCAUGUUGAACAACCUCAGAAUCCUGUCCCGAACUCCGUCGGUGAUCAAGCAUCAUCAACUCGCAACGUUUGCCGCGGGGUGCUUCUGGAGUGCCCAGCUGCACUUCCAGUGCGUCACUGGCGUCAUCAGCACCCAAGUUGGCUUCAUCAAUGGCCGAACGCAUGAACCAACAUUCGAAGAAGUAUGCGCAGACACAACCGGCCAUGCUCUUGCCGUCCAGAUCACAUUCGACUACACCGCCGUGUCAUACGAAGACUUGCUGGAGUACUUUUGGGCAAUCCAAUCUUCGUACGAAGGCCUCGACGACAUGGACCUUGGUUCACCCCAUCGCUCCGGCAUCUACUUCCACAGCGACGCGCAACAUGCUACUGCCGUCGCGUCCAAAUCCAAGCAGGAAGCACUUCUUGCGCGCGACAUUUGGACAGAGAUCGCCCCCGCGGGAGUAUUCUACCCUGCAGACGACUACCACCAGCGGUAUCUGGAGAAGGGCGGGCACUGCGUGCAUGACAACAAGCAUCCCUGCAGCGGUAGUCUUUAAUUGCGUUACAGUUGGGUUGCGGUUUUUAGAACAAUGAACGGAAGUCUUUUAAUAUUUAAAGAAAAGACCCGUGUCGAUGCGUUUCUC